CUCUAGGAAAUCGCAUGCGUAUACACAAACACUGUUUUGGACCAUGGCUUCCACCAUCACCGGUGAUGUUUUGCCAUCAGGCGGAAGGAUCUUCACCACCUUUCCUGACAUAUUCUUCAUUCCUGAAUUUGUGUUUGGUGGUUUGGUAUGGAUCCUGGUGGCAUCGACUAAAGUACAAGACCAGAACCCACUGGGCUGGGUCAUGUUUGUGUCGGUCUUCUGCUUCGUAAUGACGACACUCUGGUUCUUCAUCUUCCUGUGUGGAGGCAAUCAGAGCAGCAUCUGGCCAUCCCUGGAUGCAGGUUAUCAUUUUGUGGCAGUGGUUUUCUUCCUCAGUGCAUCAGUGGUUCUGGCCUACAUCACCAUUUGGCUUGGCAAAGCUUAUAAGAAUUUACCAGAUCCUCAAGUCCUCAAAGUGUACCAACUCUACAUUUCUGCAGUGGUGAUGUCCUACGUAGCCACUCUUCUCUAUUUCCUCCAUGCCAUAUUCUCGGCCCUUCGUUGGAAAAGGUCCUAAAACAAGACACCAACUCCACCACAACUAAAGAAAAACAAAUGUAAAGAGAUGGGAAAACAAAUAAAAUCAGAAACCCGUCACUGAUCUAAACUCAAAAUACAUUUUGCUUUUUAAAUAAAAUUCUUUUUACUUUCAUGCCAGUAAGAGUACCUUGCUUUUGAACCAAAGUAUGCAAACUUCAAAUUCAAACACACACACACACACACACACACACACACACACACACACACACACACACACACACACACACACACACACACACACACAGACAGACAGACAGAAGGUGGAUGAGUGUAAAUAACUAAUCAAAUUACUAAUCUAAGCAAGGCACAGGAAUGAUUUACUUACUGAAUGAUUUACUUUCACUGUAACAUUUCAUCAAAUAAGAGCCGUUACAGGCUCAGUUCACCCACAUUAUUCCACACUCAGACACACAAAACACAAAUGCAAAUUUUUAAACCUCUACAUCUGUCAUAAGUUUCUUUAAAUAGAUUUCCGAAGCAGAAGGUAGUCUCAAAGAGAGGUGCUCCCUGCACUUUCUGUUUGUACUGUAAACCAGACCAACAAGGUUAAAUCUAUUUGCAUGUGUAAAUGCCACAGUAGGUAUCUUAUAACAUGAUGCAAUGUAGUAAGUGACAUUUCAAUAAAGUAUUGGGGGUCUUUUUUGAUCUUUAUUAGUGCAGUGAAGAGAGGACAGGAAGGUGGUGGAAGACACAUAGCAAAGGACCUCGGGCUGAAGUCAAACCCAGGCCAGUGCAUUUAACCUUGCAGCAUACAGUCACCUGCUCCACCUGUGAGCUAAACCAGUCCCACAACAUUUAAAAUUUUAAAACACUUUAUGACACACCAGGUGUUUCCACAACUAUAAAGUUGAGCAGUUUGUCACAGUCAGACUUGUAGAUUGUAUUUUAAAAAACAUUUAUCAAAAUGGAAGCAGCAGAAGCAGAGAUACCUUGACUUUAGUUCCUAAAAAAAUAGAAGGCGAGUCCAACUUAAGUAAAUAUAAUGGAUCCUGUAUUUCCCAUGAUGCUACUUGAUGGCCCAAGCUAAGAUAAACCCUGCUGACAUCAGGAUUACCUUAUUAAGCUAAUAUGCUUUUGCUGAGGUGUUUUUUGGAACCUCGUACGGUGUUUAUAAUGAAUACAGUACGAGAUGAUUUUUUUUUAACCUACCUAUCCCAGUGUAUCUCUUUUGUUCUUCUGUUAAAGGUAGUGCCGGAAAUAUGGCUGCAUGACCUUGGACACCUGUCUUCCCUGUUUGUGUUUGUGUUUGUUGAAUGGGUGCUCUGUUAACUGCAAUUUCCUAAUGUGUGAACCUGUUCACCCAUAUGGCAAUAAACCUUCAUUCAUUCA